AUGACUGUUAUGAAAAAAGUAAUAGAGAUAAGCAAAAAACUUGCCCCAUUUGUUCCUGAAAUUCAUGUUGUAGAUAUACCAGAUGUAGCAGGAGAUGAAAAACUAACAGGAGUGGCAAAUAAGUUAUCUGUAAACGGUGGUAAAGCUAUCCCACAAAGUGAGACAAAAUCUAUGGAACCUGAUAAAGUACAAGGUUUAAUAAAAGAACUAUCUAUGCCAAGUGAGCCGAUUGAUGAUAAUGAUAGAGAAAAUAAAAGCAAAGAAUCAAAACCAAAAACUUUACUCCAGUUAUACUAUAAUACAAGCCGGGCAGAAAAACGUGUAACUUGUACCUACCAAGAAGAAAUAAGAUGCUGGUACCUUUGCUAA